CGGAGCGCACAGGACGCACAGCCCUCCGGAGCUCUGUUGAUAUAGGCAGCGCCGUCCUUUCACCCGAGGUUAUGGCUGAGAACUGUGUGAAGAGAAGAGAACAGGACAACUCGGAUUACUUUAUAGAAACUAUGCGUUAAUACGUGUUUGUGUGUGCAAUGCCUAUGUGUGAAUUGUUUUUACACAGCGGCAGUGAUGAGCUCUAAAUCAAGAAGGCGUUGAACCUGCAACAAUGUCACAUGCACAGGUUGAGAUACCAGGACGCGGUUUCCCAGGCCUCUCUGUGGAUAUGACCGACGACUGCUUAUCCCUGGUCCCAUCUGUGCUGAGGACGCACGCUUUGGGUGCACGGAGAAACUCUUAUGGGCUGCAAAAAAUUAGCAUGGACAUUGAUUCUCCUCUGUACAGCGGCGUCCUUUCCAAAGCCUUGUCCUGGUCAGCUGAGAAUAUUCCAACACUGUCCGAGUCCAGAGCAGAGGAUGAAAAAACCGACGAUUUCCCGCUGUCCCCUUCUCCCGUUUCCAGCUCGGGAACGAGCUCCAACACGCCCCCCAGCAGCCAGGAGCCCGACACUAGGUCUCUCACUGGGAACUGGGAUCCGGCCCCGAGAUCCAGCGCUCAGGACGCUGGCAGCUCGGAGUCUGAAAAUGAAGUUCAGAACAAACAGCAAAAGAUCUCGUCUCGCAUCACGUUUGAUGCUCAGUUGGCGCAGGAAGAGAAAGAGGACGUGGAGACCAAAGCGGUGGCGACGUCGCCCGAUGGAAGAUAUCUCAAAUUCAACAUAGAGAUUGGAAGGGGGUCUUUCAAGACGGUCUAUAAAGGACUGGACACGGAGACAACAGUGGAGGUAGCAUGGUGUGAGCUACAGACCCGUAAGCUGACCAAGGCAGAGCGACAGCGUUUCAGUGAGGAGGUGGACAUGCUGAAGGGCCUGCAGCACCCGAACAUCGUCCGCUUCCACGACUCCUGGAAGUCGACGGUCAAGGGCCACAAGUGCAUCAUCCUGGUGACUGAACUCAUGACCUCAGGCACGCUCAAGACGUACUUGAAGAGGUUCAAGGAGAUGAAGCUGAAGCUGCUGCAGCGCUGGAGUCGUCAGAUCCUCAAAGGGCUUCACUUCCUGCACACGCGCACUCCUCCCAUCAUCCACCGGGACCUCAAGUGUGACAACAUCUUCAUCACCGGCCCCAUCGGCUCCGUCAAGAUAGGAGAUCUGGGGCUGGCCACUCUUAAAAGUGCCUCUUUUGCUAAAAGUGUCAUUGGAACACCAGAGUUCAUGGCCCCAGAGAUGUACGAGGAGAAGUACGACGAGGCGGUGGACGUCUACGCCUUUGGAAUGUGCAUCCUGGAGAUGGCCACCUCUGAGUACCCGUACUCCGAGUGCCAAAACGCUGCCCAGAUCUACCGCAAAGUCACCAGUGGAAUGAAACCUGACAGUUUCUACAAAGUCAAAGUCCCCGAGCUCAAGGAGAUCAUUGAGGGCUGCAUUCGUAUGAACAACGAUGAAAGGUGUACACCAUUCAAGGACCUCCUGGAACACCCCUUCUUUCAGGAGAACAAUGGCGUGCACGUGGAGCUGGCAGAGGAGGACGACAUGGUGAAGUCGGGCCUGAAACUGUGGCUGCGCAUGGAUGACACCAAGAAGCUCCACGGGAAGUACAAGGACAACAACGCCAUCGAGUUCCUCUUUGAGCUCUACAAAGACGUGCCUGAAGAGGUGUCUCAGGAGAUGGUUGUACUUGGCUUCGUGUGUGAGGCAGACUUCAAGCUCGUGGCCAAGGCCAUAAGGGACAGAGUGGCGACCAUUAAGCGGCAGAGAGAGAAGCUGAGGCGGCUGGCGGAAGAGCGUAAGAAGAAGCAGGAGCGAAAAGCCUUAGAGGAAGAAGCAGAGACUCACUCUGCUUUACUUAAAGUCAGCAACGUUGUUGCAAGAGAGUCCCCCAUCCCAGCCCUGACACCUCCAGCCACCAUCCUGUCCCCUGUCACCAGCUCUGUGGACUCUGGAGUCAGCUCCAACUAUCCUGCAGAGCCAGAGGAGCCCGAGGCAGACCAGCACUUCCACAUUCGCCACAACAGCCUGUCGUCUGCUAACUCUGACUGCGAGACGGACGGCUAUCUGAGCUCCUCUGGGCUUCAGGAUCCGCUGGAGGCCGGCAGCUUCAACGCGCCUGUGACCCCUCCCACCACGCACACUGACUCCCUGACUGCAAACGGUCUCCCCAUCCCAGCCCUCCGCUUCCCCUCGAGUAUUGCAGUAUCCAGCAACACAGGCAACUCAGGGUCCCCGAGUGGCUUCAACUCUCCUGUAGAAAGUUACGCCUCCGAUGUGACUUCAGGCUUGAGUGACGGCUACGAAGGCCUAACAGAGAAGAGCGAGAAAACAGAAGCGAGACGAACAGCUGGGAAGCUUUUCAGGAGGAGGGCGCGCUCCAGGCUGCGCAUCACAGGGCUCUCUGAUAAAGUGGACCGGGUGGUGGAGUGUCAGCUGCAGACGCACAAUGACAAGAUGGUGACCUUCAAGUUCGACCUGGAUGGAGAUAAUCCAGAAGACAUUGCUGCUGUCAUGGUUCACAAUGAGUUCAUCCUGCCGUCAGAGGAGGAGGGCUUCAUCCACCGCAUGGGCGACAUCAUCAAACGUGCCGAGGCCCUGAUGGCCAAAGAGCAGCCGGUCCACUCCGGCGGGCACCGACUUCCCCUGCCUGCUUUCCACAACGGGGUGAACCCAUUGUCUUCCUCACAGCCUAAUCUGCACAGUCACACCCUGCCUCGAACACACUCCUCCUCUUCGCUGCCUGACUUCAGUGUGGCUAACCCGAGUAUAGGGGUACGUGACUCUCUCCCGUGCCCCAAUGGAGACUUCUUCAGUGCAGACAUUACUUCACCUGGGCGACCUCUAUUACGCUCACAGUCUUUCCACAACGCCCCAGGGUCACCCCUCCAUUAUCAGCAACAUCACCACCACCCUGCGUCUCUCCUGCCGCACCACCAGCACUACCACUUGCCCUAUAUGGGCCACAGUAACUUCCCAUUCCCAUACCCAGGCUCUCCAGGUUCCUCAAAGCCAGGCAUCCAUCCUCCCCUAACACGUGUAUCCAGUAACCCCACCUUCUCCUCUGUUCCCCCCGCAGCCCCCAGUUCCCCGAGUCCUCUGAGUGAGACUUCAAGCCCUGGCAGCAAUGAUAGUGUCAACAUGUCUCCCCCUGCCCCUCAGCAUCCCAACAUGUGGCCCGCCCACACGCAGCCUCUAUUUUCCUUAGCUAAUGUCAUCUCCAUGGCCAUGAGCAUGGCCCAGUCUUUCAUCCCUCCAGUCAACAUGCCCACCCAGGGGAUGCCCUCCUUUCCAGGCUUCCACCCCCAGCUACCUUCUCACAUGGCCCCACAGUCAGGUUACCCUUCCAUCUACCCACAACAUUACCAAACCUCACCAGUAGAGGUCUCUUACCCCUCAGUGGGCAUCCCAGCACAGAACAUUAUCUACCACAGUCCUGAGAACACGCUUCUAAAGGAUGGUUUUCCUCAGAGCAGUUAUCCAGGCUGGCUGCAUCCUAUCUCUCCACCUUCUUUGCCUUCCACUCCUCCACUGGUUCCUCAGGAGCUUCUGCAGCAGGUUGAACUCUCCAGUCCCCCCAGCCUGACCCAGGAGGACAGUCUCCACAGUUACAUGGCCUCAUACUCAGCACUGGUUCCAGUCCAGGCUGAACCCAUAUCAGAAGUCUCCAGUUCAAGCUCAGAUCUUUCUCCGUCACCCCCAGAGAGCCCAGAAAGCACUUUAUCAUCUUUCAGCACUCCAUUGCACCCCACUAUACCUGAGAUGAAAACCAGUAGCCCAAAACCAAAAGCCUCUUCCACUGAAUCUGAAGUCCAGUGUGCACCAGUCACUGUCGGCCGAUUCCAGGUGUCGCCCAGCAUGCACAUCCCUGCGCCCGCUUUGCCAGUAUGUGCUGUACCUGCUGCACCACAGCAAGCAGACAGCGGCAGCACAGAGAGCAGCACCGAGGAGCAGGGGGAGUCUGAGACGAGCCUGGGCACCUCUCUCACCUUGUCCCCUCCUCACCAGCACCCCAACAGAGGGUCGACCACGGGGGUCCUGCAGGAGGUCGACGGGAAGGUGGGAUGGGCUGGGAGCGAGGAGCAGCAGCAGGACAGAGAAGAUGAGGAGGUUGAAGAGGAGGUUGUUGGGGAACGACAGAGGACGAGGAAGAGGUGUCGGAGGAGAGCGUACAGCCUGAGCCUGCUGGGAACGUCUGCGGACAGCGGGCUCUCAGUGACGGCUGCUGAGAUGGAGGGCCGUCUGUGGGAUGGAGCGGCAGGCAGCCCGCAGUACAGCAAUGCCCUUCACCAUUUAUGGACAAUGACUUACAACCGCAACACUCCCUACAUAAGCAGCGAUGACUCGGACAGUGACGACUCAGACAUGCUGGAGGAGCUGCAGGAACUCAGAGAGAAACAUCUGACCGAGGUGCAGGCCCUGCAGGCCGCCCAGAAGAGAGAGAUUGAGGAGCUAUAUGAGAAGAUGGGGAAGGUUCCUCCUCCGGGCAUCGUCUCUCCUGCUACUGUGCUGUCCAGCCGACAGCGCCGCCUGUCCAAGGGGAGCGGCUUCCCGUCGUCCCGCAGGAACAGCCUGCAGCGCUUGGACAUGUUGCCACCCCAAGGUAUCAUUAGGAGAAACUCCCUUGGAGGCAGCAGCAGCGGCUCCCAGGAUAAACCAAGCAAAGGCGUCACCUUUGCCACUGACAUUAGUAGAAUUUAAGAAACUCUCAGCCAAGCACGCUGUACAUGUGGACUACCUCAUCUGAAGUGUGACCGCAGUGGUCAAACCCGUCCUGUAGGUGGAUCGCGUUAACACUUUUCACUGGCACACUGAUCGGUAACCUGCUUCCCUCUGCCAGUGGUCAUUUACCUCAACGUAUCUAAUUAUAUAUAAACUGUCAUCAACAAAGCUGGAUUUACACAGGACUGGAACAUCCAGUUCUCAGCCCUCCGUCAGAUCUUGUGAAUUUGUUGCAGCUGAAGCACAAAGUAACUUCAUGUUAAACAUCAUUAUUGCUCUCUUGUAAAUACACGGUUCAGAAAGAAACUGACGCCACAGUACUCUGCAACACAGGAUGUUUUAAAUGUUUUUCUCUCCGCAAGCAUUUAGCAUUAAUGCAACAAGCGAUGACACAAAGGGCUGCAGUUUGACCCAGAAUGAAGAUUGUUCCUGUUUUCCUGCUCGUCUGAUUCACUGCCAUUAAUCAACCUAAGCACAGUAACGUUAACCAUAGCUGAGGCUCUGACACUUUUACUGUUGUCAAUUAGUUAAUGAUGUCUCAGCACCUCCUGGCUCCACAGUGAAUACUCUGAUUAAUGCUCCAGAUGCAUUGCCCAAUGUGUAUUUUGAAAACAUUUAGUUGUACAUCUUUUCGUUUCUUUAGUGAUAGGAUGACUUACGUUCUCUACACACAACAUGGAGACGUUUGAAUGCAGUCCUGACAUUUUUAGAUGUAGCGAAAAAGAUUUUUCACAUUGUACAAUAAGGAGAUAUCGUUUCUAUCAACGCAUACAUAUGAAGAUGUUGAUGCUUCAGAAAGAAAAAGUUUUACAACAGUUAAAAAUGUUGACAUGUCUAAAUUGGAAAAGGUUUUGGUUAAAUGUGUCGAAGACUUUAGCAAAGACGACAUUACACAUUGAUUUUCAAAUACUAUAGCUGGUUUUAAAUUUAAACAAUUAUUUCUUUGCAUUGUUAAGUUGUGAAAAAUCCACCUUAGGUUUUAGACUACUGGCUUACCCGUUGAUUGUACAUGUGUAUAUAGUAGAAUGCAUUUCUAGAUCAUGUUUACAAGUUACGAGUAAACUAAACAUGGCAACCUUAAUUCUUGCUCAAGCAAAAAUCAUAUUUGUCGCUUGUUCCAUAGAUCAAGCACCUUGUGCACUUUAGUAACUUUUGUUCUCAAUCAUUUUUACCAGUUGUGGAUUAAACUGUGUUCACUCGAGGAAGAGCUGAUAUCUUUCAUGUUUGUUUUUCCACAAGGGAGGUAGAGAAUAUGCUAGUUUAUGUUUGAUCACAGUAACGACGAUCUACCCUCCCAGUUUUAAAUAAUUAGUGCAUUGUGGGAUAUAGAGAAAUCAGUCCAAGCUGUGAAUGUGAAGCUGUUGCCUUAUAAAAUAUUCACAACACACACUGAAUCUUCUGGCAGUGGAAUCCCUGUAAGAUUUUCCAAAGUUCAUAAUAUAUUCGAAGAAGUUUUGUUUUCAAAUUUUUUAAUGUAACUAUAUAGUUGUAUCGCUUUCUGAAGCUGCUGCUGUCCUGCCAUGCUGAAUCUGUGCCUUUCCCUUACAAUGUCUUAUUUUAUAUUUUUACUCUCGAGGUUUGGUGGCUAGAUCAGACUCCAUGUACCAAAUUUUGACAAAAAUAAAUGCAAUUGUAAAUA